AAUGAGCACUAUUACGCUCAAGUCGGCGAAGUGUGUAAACGUCCCCGCACAGGCUCUCGGACUUAGAUGGGACAUAAUGUUGUUGUAUUCGGCCCUGGCACCCGUCUUCUCCUCUCAGCCCAAGAAGCGACAGCAACCCAGUGCAGACGAUCUUUCCCUUGCUGCCUGUGGUCUUACUGUUACGCCUGCCUGCCUGCAGUCUCUGUACGGCAUCCCUACCGCUCCUAAUACGGAAUCAUCCAAUACACUCGGUGUCACUGGAUACGGCGACAACUGGGCCAACAAGGCCGAUUUGGAGAGCUUCCUGAGUCAAUACCGUACUGAUACGCUUGACGGCGGGUCUUUUGGAUAUGUCGCCCAAGGUCCUUUCGAUAGCUGUCGUCUUGCCAUGUAACCCGUUGAACGUCAAUGCAAUGCCGUCGUGCUUUCGCUAACCC